AUGAUACACAUAACAGAACCUGCACUAAUACAAGAGAUUUUGGCCAAUUAUUCUCGGUUUCCAAAGCUGAAAGGUGGAAAUCCGUUAACAAAGUUGCUAGCAAGAGGGCUAGCAUAUGUUGAGGCUGAUCAAUGGGCAAAACAUAAAAAGAUUAUCAAUCCGGCUUUCCAUGUCGAAAAGCUUAAGCAUAUGUUACCUGCUUUUUACGUUAGCUGUAGUGAGAUGAUCAACAAAUGGGAAGAAUUAACGAAAGAAACAUCAUGUGAAGUGGAUGUGUAUCCUCAUCUCCAAACCUUUACUAGUGAUGUAAUUUCACGUACAACAUUUGGUAGUAGCUAUCAAGAAGGAAGAAAGAUAUUCGAACUUCAAAUAGAACAAGCAGCGCUAGUUUUCAAGGCUCUAGAAUCAUUGUAUAUUCCAGGUUCACGAUUUUUGCCUACAAAGAAAAAUAGAAGGAUGAAGGAGAUUGACAGAGAAGUGAAGGCUACAAUAAAUAAAAUUAUUAAUAAACGAGUGACAAAAUUGAAAGUCGGGGAAGGUAGUAGCGACGAUUUAUUGGGCAUAUUAUUGGAUUCCAAUUACAAAGAAAUCAAACAACAAGGGAACACCAAGUUCGGACUUAGUACCGAAGAAGUCAUUCAAGAAUGUAAACUUUUCUAUUUUGCGGGGCAAGAAACUACUGCAAAUUUUCUCGCUUGGACAAUGAUUUUGUUAGCUCAACACACAAACUGGCAAGACCGUGCUAGAGAUGAAGUUUUAAAGGUGUUCGGAGAAAGAAAGCCAAAUAUUGACGGAUUAAGUCAUGUAAAAGCUAUUAAUAUGAUAUUUCACGAGGUACUUAGGUUAUACCCAGCUGGUACAGGAUUGGGACGGAUGAUUCGUGAAGAAACUACAUUAGGAAAUAUAGGGACGGAUGAUUCGUGA